AUGGAGCUUCUGUGCUGCGAGAAUCUUCAGCAAACACCCCGGGCUGCGUUGGACUCGAAGCUGCUGGAGGACGAGCGUGUCCUGCAGACCUUGCUCAGCAUGGAGGAGCGCUACUUGCCCUGCGUCUCCUACUUCCAGUGCGUGCAGAACGAGAUCAAGCCGCACAUGCGGAAGAUGCUGGCGUACUGGAUGUUGGAGGUGUGUGAGGAGCAGCAGUGUGAGGAGGAAGUCUUCCUCCUGGCUAUGAACUACCUGGAUCGAUUCCUGUCCGCUGUUCCCACCCGUAAGACGCAGUUGCAGCUCCUGGGUUCGGUCUGCAUGCUUCUGGCCUCGAAGCUGCGCGACAGCAAACCCCUGACCAUCGAAAAACUUUGCAUCUAUUCCGACCAUGCCAUCUCUCAUUUCCAAAUGCUGGAUUGGGAAUUGCUGGUCCUGGGGAGGCUCAAGUGGGACAUGGCUGCUGUGAUUGCUCAUGACUUCUUGCCUCUGAUUCUGCACCGGAUUUCUCUGCCCACCGAUCGUGAAGAGUUGGUCAGAAAGCACGCCCAGACCUUUUUGGCCCUUUGUGCCACAGAUUACACCUUUGCCAUGUACCCACCAUCCAUGAUCGCCACGGGCAGCGUUGGGGCUGCAGUGCACGGCCUGGGUGCCACUACCAUGUCUACGGAUGAGCUCACGGAGGUGCUGGCGGGGAUCACAGGCACUGAAGUGGACUGCCUGCGGGCCUGCCAGGAACAGAUUGAAACGGCACUCAGGGAGAGCCUCAGGGACACCAGGACCAACUCCAGUCCAGUGCCCAAAGCCCUCCGUGGCUCUAGCAACCUGGAAACCAGCCAGACCAGCACUCCUACAGAUGUUACAGCAGUCAACCUGUAG